AUGGCGACCGGCCUGGAUGAGCUUUUGGAAUUUUUGCUCUCAGAAAUUGCUCUCCUCGGGGUUCAAGGUGCAAGUAGCGCAGACUUUCGUCGUUUCAUUCAAAACUUCUACAACCAACCUCAGGAUGAUGCGCAAUCCAGAUCUCAUGACCAGACCGAGACGUCUGAGUCAACAAACGGUCUUGGCCGCAAGUUCUAUGAACGCACCUGGCAAUGGCUCACUAAUCAUCCGGACAUUCGCAUUGUCUAUAAGGCAGAGGUUCAGAACUAUACCCUCUCUGAGUUCGAAGCGGCUGAACUACAUGAGAGUGGUACCAUUGGCGACCCACAUGCAGCAGAGUCUGACCAGCGCUUGAGUACCUCUGCGAUCAAGAGAGCACAUCCCUCAAAGACUUUGAGUGGGCUGAGAGAAGCCCUGCGGCAGAGAAUUUAUGGCGAGGAAGGCGGGCCUAGAAUACCUUCUAGUCUACCGAAUCAAGCUAUAGUCUCAAUAUCCGCUGUCCGGUCGUCUCGCAGUGUGGUAGAAGCUCCACAAACCACAACAGCAAUCUUUGAUGAGCCCAACUCUACCAUGACUGCGCCCCGUCUGUACACAAGUCAAAAUAGAGUUUGGCAGGCAUUGACCGGCCAUGGAAUUGAUCUGAAGAAGGUCCCAAGCAUGGAGUUUGUACUACUUUCACUUAUCGCUGCUCGUGGUGCUGCCGGCAUUACCCAACCGGAGCUCAUUGCUAUCAGCGGCCAGGACAAGAGAUCUGUACCGCACAGAACAGAUGAGCUGGCCCGUAAAAACUACAUAUCCAAGUAUCCCGUUCAGUCCAACAAGAUGCGGACCAGUCUUUGCAUUCAUACAAAGUUCGUAUCUCAGAACGCUUUCAUCGAGUCCAGUGCUGUGGAAGAUGUAUACCAAGAUGAUGGAACAUUUGUGGGCGUACCAAUGUCGGCAUGGAACAAGCGGGCUACACAAGGUGCCCUAAUUCGAUUAGAUCAGAGCGGAAUGAUCAAGCGACGUAGGAUUCGUAAACAAAAGUCUGAGGAUGCCUGGAUCACUUGCAUCCAGGUAAUGCGUGCGCCAAGAGAAGAAGAUCUCAAGAAUCUUGGUUUUCGACGCACAAUCAAUCCCGCUGAUGGAUCGGGUGCAGAGCCACUCGACGAAAGUGCUGAUGGUGAUGACAUAAUGAAAGAUCUCGAAGACGACAUGCUAGACGAUUAUGAACCCAGUGCCAAUCCUCAAGACAAUACGUCUGCUACCGAAAAAACCGAUACUAUACCUCCGCAAUGGACACCGGAUCACUUUCUCCCCAACACAGUCUUCAAUGCCGUCGCAUUGGGUGGUCCACGUGGAUGGGAUGCUGAGACUUUGCGCGACCGAAUCGUCGGACCAUUCUGGAGGCGUCCAAUGGAAUCAUAUUUCUCCCGUAUAACAAACGACUGGGAGAAAACGCAACCGCUUCAUCUUCGUCAUCUGGCCGUCAUUCGAGAUCAGGGUGUGACUGAUGAGAAGAAAUUUCUCCAUUACGUCUAUCGUACAUAUGCCAAUUUCGAAAAAGCUGUAGAGCUUCAAUAUGCCCAUUGGGAAGGUGUAGCCAAUUUUGGGCCUGACGAGGUGUUCGAUCCCACCAGUAACGGCGCAGUCCUGGAUGCUUGGGGUUUCCCUGCUAUCAAGUCAAGCAACCUGGUACGAGGAUCUGGUUCAGCAACACUAUCUGAGGCUGGCGCAGUCAUUGUAAAGCAGCGCAAAUACGGCUCCCGAUGGGACAAUGCAUUGGGACAAGAGAUCAGCUACCAAAAGCCUUCGAAAACUGUGCCGAAAGAGAAAACGCCGCGCAAACUAGGUCGACCGAAAAAGGCCGCAAAGACUGUCAGAGAAAAGCCUGUCAAAGUAGCCAAAGACCCGAAACCGCCGAAGAAAACCUCGGGUCUUUCACUCACAUCUGAAGAGAUGAGGUCGUUAGGCCUAGAUCCUAAUGUUCGUUUGAGCAAAAAUAUCCAGAGGCAGAUCCUUACACAUCGUCAGAUGACAGGAGAUCCAACGUCGCUACCAGACGCGGUUGUGCCAGACAAUGCUAAGCGCCAACUCAGUGUGCCUCUCAUGACAAAGGAGGAGCGGGUAGCUGCUGGUUUGUCUGCACGAGGACGUCUGGGUAUAGAACAAGAAAACAAGAUCCGAGAGGAGCGCGGCUUGCCCAAGUUAGUCAAGAAGGAGAAGAAGCGAGUAACCAAAACGAACAAGGAGCCUACAUUGCUCAGCAAGCAGCAAAGAAUAGCACUAGGCUGGAAGGACCAUGGUCGAUUACCACAAGAUCUUAUCGAAGGUCUUCGUCGGGAGAGGGAAGAAGGCAUUGCUCUUGAAGAUUCAAAGGUCAUUGCUAAGUAUAUGGAUGAGAUGAGGGCAAAGGCGUCGUCGUCGAAUACACCCAAAAAGGCCAACGGAGCGACUCGAAAACCUGUUGAAAUAACAGAUGGGCUUGAUGAACACCAGGAGAAUCAAACUACGGACGAAUUAUCAAAGCCCAGUUCCAAAGAGCAGGAGUCUCUGGAAAAUUCUUCGCUUCACAGCGUCUCAGGGAAGCGGAAGGCUAAGAGCCCAGUGACCACCCCAGUGUCAACGAAAAAGCGGCGCAAGGGAACAAGUACUCCGCAGGGAUCGACCCCAGUGCCUGUUCUAUCGUUUACGACAUCUCCAGAAAACACCAUCAGCCAAUCUGAGAGCCGCGCUCCAUCAGCAGUCCCUGACGAGCAAAGCGUGUGCAACACAAACUCAAUGAUUUUGAAAGAUAUCGGCCGAACAGCUGAGCCAAUGACGCUGUCAAUGGAUGAGCAAAUUCUACCAAGUGUGGAAUCUGAGCCUUGUUUGCGGCCUCCGAAAAAGAUCUACAUGGCUCCGGAUACCACUAAACUCGACGACGAAGCCCUAAAGGCCAUUGACCAGUACGAGAAGCGAUCUUUACCUGGGCUUUAUCUCAAUCCCUAUGUGAAGCAAAAAGUUGCAAGAGGUCGGCCACGGAAAGCACUAAUGGCGACAUUCAAGUUACCACGCCUAGAGGAGAUAGACUGGUACAUGGCAGAAGAGACUCGAAGAAAAUCAACGAACCAUGACUGUGUCGCGAUUGCUCCUGAUACCACACAAAAACCCACAUCUCAUGGUGUGGAAGACAUGGUUGUUUCAAGACAUAGUUCAUAUGCUGCGCAAUCGGAGCAAUCGCAUGCCGAAAUACAGUUGCGAAACGACAUAAAGACACGGCAUGAUAUUCAAAAUCAUACCCCGCCACCUUCCACACCUGGCAAAGCCGCCUCAGUGGAACCUGAAGGAAUGCCAGUGAGUCACGAAAACAGCGCCGACCAAAGGGCCGAGACCGAAAUGCCCGAGGCCCCAGACCCAGGCAAAGGCGAAAUCCAACCACAUGUUGUCUUUGAUGUAUCGAGGACACAAUCACCACGACCGAUUCCAUCGUUGGCACGCAAGUUAGGCGGUUGGGCUCCCAUCAACGCGCCUGGCCCUGAUCGUCCUUCCCCGUAUCAAAGCCCUUAUGCCAAAAGUCCAACGUUGGAACUCCAGCCACAAUCAGAGACUCCAGGCGUUGGCCAUGACAUUGGCCAAGUCCCGAUAGCUGAUGGCUCACAUGUUCCCACAUCUGAGACGAGUGAUGACAAAAAGCUUCCUGAUGGUAUGUACACGACUAUUGUAGAAGCUCCUGUGCCCCCCGUAUCAGGCACCAAACCAAGGGUCAAAGAGCACGGAAAGGGUGGAAGUCAGCGCCGCUUCAGAGAAAAGGUCAUCCUAGACAUCAUCAAACGCUGCAAUGGCGUGUUUCCUGGAGGAGGUGAAAUCCUACGGCCGUUUCUCACCCUCUGGCGCGAGCGGCACUCCAAUAUCAAAGAACCAUCACUUAGUACUAUCAGCGAAACCCUCAGGAGUAUGGCUGCCCGUCCAGAAUUUGGACUGAAGCACUGGAACUUUGCCUCGCAGAACAAGAAUACCCCAGGCACAACCACCCGAAGGAUGUUUACAUGGGCACACCUGAACGAAAGGAGCCCAGAAGUCUUGAAGCUGGCACACAAUAUGGCACAAUACUCUCACCAAAAGGAGUACACCGCUCGUGUUUCGGAGAAAUCUCUUUUGUACUACCCUGAAGAAAUACGUGAUCUCAUUGGCGACGUUGUCUCAUACCAGCCAGUUCAGGCCGCCCCCAAAGACGAGAGCAUCGUCCUCAACCCAUCGAAUCCUGACAUUGAGAAACAAAUCAAGGAAGCCAAACAGCGCCGACAGUUGGAAUUGAAGAACCAGAAGAUGCUCGAAAUUAAGGCUCGCAAGAUUCAAGACGCUAGGGUCGAACAGGCGCUUUCAAAGCUGCCUCAUGGUCCUGAUGGUGUGCCGCGCGCGAAACGAGCAAGACUGGCAAGUCUGAACGACAAAAGUAAGAGUCUUCGGCGAGCUCCCUUGUACUCUGCAGAUAUGCAGACGCUCGGAGAGGAGCUUGAUGAUGCAGAAACGGUGGGACCUGACGUCGGCACGACUAAUCAGACUGGACAAGUUUCACUGGUUUGGAUGCGUCCUAUCAUCGCGCCUGCACCAGAACGUGAACCAAUACCAACUGAGGAACCGUCUGAGGAUGAAGAAAGCGAAGAUGAAAUAGCUGAUUGGGAAGGGCGAGCAGUGCAUGAAGAUGAAGAUGUUAAGACUCAAGAUCCGUUGCCAGUUAUGGAGUCCAUCAAGGACCAUCUCCAGAAAGACAUUGCGACGACCGAGCCUGAUCAAACGGGGCAGAAGGAAGACUCACCUGAAUCGCCGGAUGUUGAGACUGCUAACCCGUCUACCGUUGUCAAGAAUAGCAAGAAGCGUGUAAGAAUUGUUGUCCCUCAGGACCAAUCUCCCAGGAAGAGGGCCCGCUUAACACCUGUGGUCGCCACUCAACCACAGGAUGGGGUACAUACACCACAAUCCAACCCUGACGAUGACCGUGAAGGGAGUCGUGAUAUAGCGCGAAUCGAGUCGAAGAAACAGGGUGGCGGUGCAGUCCACGGUCGCCAGCGAAGCAAGCGUGACCCUCCUCCCACAUUGCUUGAACGUCUUACUGGCCUUACGGGUGACCAAAAUGAUCCAAUCUACCAGCAACCGCAGAGUGGUCCAAGGUCCAAUUUGGCAUCACGUCCAUGGAGUGAAAGGAAGAAGAUACAGAUCGAAAAACACGGAAAAGAACGCCAGUACAUCAAGGCUGUUGAUCAAGUAGAUGAGUUUAACAGGCUCUUCUGCGCCUUCGUGGUGGUCUCUUCUUUGUCUGGAGAAGAUGGAUCAAUGGACUGGAGCCUUAUCAAGCGGGUGUAUUCGAACGACAAACGCUUCGACCUAAGCACAGCUCGGAAACUAUGGUCCUGGAUGCAGAAUCGCAUAGCUAAACAGGUGGAUGAGUUGACAGCGUCAUUUCAAUCGUUAUACCUGGAGGCUUAUGAGACUGGCAAAGUUGCUGCCAUCGAAGAUCCUGAGACACAUGACUGGGCAGGUCUCGUACGAUGGGCGUCAUGCAAAUGUGCUUUCCCCGAGCUUCCUCUCCCAAUUCUUCAGGAAGCACUACAACAUUAUUCCAUUGAGGAAUCGAGCUACGAAAAUUUGGAUCGUGUUAGUUGGUUCAAGGCCACGAUAGCGGAUCGAACAAGAACCAUGCUCCAACUUCAGUAUUCCUUUACCGCUCCCCUUCAUCGCUCGCGGAAGCCGGCUUGGUCGCCUGAAGACAAGCUUCUCAAAGCACGGUCAUGGGUUCGGGCAAAUACAGCGACGCCACAAUCUCACUAUGACGCAAAUCUGGCACACGAGAAGCUCAAGGACUUGGGUGAAUCAACUUUGGUCAAGGUUGUUGGAAACUUUGUGGAGAAGCAGCACCUCAGGAUGCGAAAACUCAAGCGCCUUCUACCAGGACGUAACUACAAUUUCACUCAGACACUGGCAAAGAAGUAUGCGCGAUUGUUUCAGCUCGAUGAUUUCAUGACCGCAGUCGAAGUCAAGAAGAAUAUGGAUGCUGCUUUCGUAAGCAAAGAUCCAGAUAUGUGUUCGUACAACAUUUCACGGUGUGAAGACGACAGUGCUUUUGCAGCCAUCAUGACAAUGGUCAACGAGGGAACAGUCAGGCUUGUUCCUCAGCUACCUCCCAUCAACAACGAGCUCAACAGUCCGCUCCCUAAGCUAUCAGUGUGGGGAUUCUGUGAGGGUGGCUACAAUCAUCGGGCAAUUGAUCGGAGUCGCUUCUUCUGGGACAUUCAUGUUGUCCCCACGGAAAAGUACAAGUUUGGCAACCCAUUGCAAACACUACCUUCUCCAAUCUUAUCCAAGGACGACCAGUCGACUACAUUGUGGCACCCUCUGCCUGAGCCGCCUCUUCCUGGCAAGUGCGAUGCACACGCCUUGCUCCCGAUCUGGAGCAGUAUUGAUGGUCAGCAUGUCACGUGGGCCUGGUGGUACCGCGUCCUGAAUCUUGUAUUGCAACCACUGGUUUUCAUGGCCGGCGCCACUGCAAUGGAUAUACAGGCUCACUGCCCUGAAAACACCACUGAGCUCUUCGAAAUCCAACUUGUUCUGGACUGGCUCGAGUCGGUCUGCGCAGUCAAGAAAACUGUCGGUGGUGGCUACAUCACCCUUCCAGGCUUCUGGGGUGCUUUCGACGACCAGUUGCACGAUACGGAGAAUGACUGGUUCGGCCAGCAUGUCAAACGGAAGCCAAAGAACCAUGACAAGCAACGUUGGCGCAUGGAUUACAAUUUGAGACACUCUGCAUUACAAGCCCGAAAUACACAAAAUGCUCAUACGGCCCCUACCACGGACGAGAAAGGCGGUACAAACACAACAGAAGCCGGCGCAUUAGAGACGACCACCAGUCGUCAGAUUUUGAUGAAUCCGAAGCGACAGUAUCGUAUCACGCAGAAAGCUCUCGAUGCUCAGUCAUCUCAGGAAGAUCAAAACAAGUCCGGCUCUGUAACAGUUGACAGUCCCACAGCCACUGGAGAACAUACUAGACAGAGCUCUGUGACAGAAAACAGAUCAAGUACUACACAAACUCCAGAGACAUCAAAUAACUCGGGUGAUGAUGUCAAGAUGGCAGAUGCAAGCGGGGAAGCAGGAGGUGUGGAGGAUGUCGACGCCGAAGGCGAACUUGAAGACACAUAUUGAUCGUCAGCAUGUCUGAUACUCAACCAAACCCACAUCAUCUGGUCUCCAAAAGGCCCCGUUUUUUUUGUCAAAAUUUCUUAUUCUCUCU